UAAAAGUCGAGGAAGAAAGGCUAAUUAUUUUGUCAUUUUAAGCUGUAAAGAUAUCAAUUGACUGGCUUUUUGAUAUUUGGUGAGUAGAAUAUGUUUGUAUGUGUCUGUUAAGCAUAUUUAUCGGCGUUUUUGUUGGUUGUAAAGACUAAAGUGAAUAUUUAUCUCGAAUAGCAAAUUUUAAUGGCUGGCCCACCCAGCUUCAGCAACCUCGCGCCGUUCGACGUUUAGCGUUUUUUCUACGUUAAAACUUACGUUUGAACAACUAUUUUCUUAGCUUUUGCACUUCAAGUAUUUCAUAGUAUGUUCUCACAGAAAUAGAUUAUAAAUUUACUCGCUAUUCGAUGAAAAUUUUCGCUCAAAGCAAUGUCCAACAACGAUGUCGCGCAAAUUUGUGUGGUGAAAUUGUUCAAUCGCGUGGUUAAUUUGAUGAAUUCUAGUUUUGAAUCUUGCUCAAAUUUAAGACAUUCUGCACAUUAUAGAAAUAUAAAAUAAGCUUUGCUCUUGUUGUUCUUUUAUAUUUUUAAGCUGAUAUUCCUUGCACGAGGGCCGGCUUUGAAUCAUGCUUUAAACUGCCUUCAAAAGGUUGUUCACAAAAUUCUUGGUUGGCGUUUGACUGGGCAUGCAUGCUUCAGUUAAAAUUUAACUGACAUGCCAUUGAAUUUGUGGGAUAUAUAACGUAAAUCUCUUAUGAAACCAACAACAUUUGUACUGCUCCUUUUCGUCAGGGACGCCGGAAAGGGGGGAGGCAGGGGGGACGCCGAAAGGAGGGCAGGGGGCGGCGAAGGUGCCCUUAGAGAUAAAAAUUCUAACCCAAAAAAUAUAUGGUACAACGAUUGAAAAGUAUGAAUUACGGGUGAAAUGUACGUAAUAUUGAAAUAUAUGUGAAAUUUUCUGGAAUAUUGUGUCAAAAAUUAUAUUUUCAAAUUUUUUUCCUUGUUUUGGUGAAUUAAGGUUCCGGAAAAAAAUUUCGGAAACAAAAUAUUAAUCAGUGAUUGCCCUUACGUCAACAUUCCCCCCCACCUGUGCCCUACCCUCGCUCUGGCGUCCCUGCUUUUCGUUCUAAAUUAUUAGUCAGAACGUUUUUCCAAUUCUGUAAAAGUUGCAAAUCAACAAAUUUGAAACGAAUUCUUCAUCUCAUGAUCAAAAUUUCAAAAUGCUUUAGCCUUUACUUGAGGCGAAGGUGCAUCGAUGUGGAAUGUAGGAUUUUGGACAUCUCAGUACUUAGUUAGGUAGCACUUACAUUACCAUCAAUUGUGUGUUUGAUUUAUUGAUUGUGAGCUUUUUAUAUCUAUAUUUCAGGUUUGGAAAUUAUCACCAACAAACUAUAAUGAAUGCCACGUCAUAUUCAAACAAUCUGUGAACCAAUCAAGUGUGAUCGAAGUCAAUCAAAGUCUUCCUAUUUCUGUCACAGCCAAUCAGAAUGACGCAAUUCCAUUCAUCCAAUAGGAGUGGAGUAUUUUGUAUCCACGUGAAAGGCAAAUUCAACAGUACUGCUUUAUCAUAUUCUCCAAACGUACACGCCCAAACAGUUUGUUCUGGUCUUUCAAGCGAAGUGGACUUGAUUGCGAAAGAACAUCGCCCAGCGGAUCAAUUUCAUUUACGUUGAAAGCAAAGUUAAAUUGCUUUCUUCGUGGCUUCUACGAAGCUAUCAUGUAUUGCGUUUAUCUUCAUGGUAUUUCUAUAUAUUCAAAGUUUUACAUUUAUUGACACGAAUAUUGAAUAGCCAGCUUGACCGCUUCGGUUUGAGCUGCGUUUACUCAUUUUAAUCGGUUUUAUGUUUUGCCGUAAAUUUUUUAUAUAUUCUCUUCAAAUAUUGCCUCUUAACACUCUGGUAUAAAGAAACUAAAUUUUUUUUGCGAAUUUUAGGUAGACUGAAUUCAUUCCGAAAAUCUCGUCCGAAACGCGGAAAGCACAUUUAUAAGUGGGGUAAGUUCUUGCUGUCUAGCUAGCUUGAAGUUAUUGAUUUGUUGUCGAUUUGUUACGAAGGAAAGGUUCGGUGCAUGAGUGUUUCUGAAUGUAUUCUGUGUAAUAUCGUCUGAUGUCUUGAAACGUUUGGCAAGAUAAGAGACGCAAGGCCAUUGGCGAUGUAUGCCUGAAUUGUUCCGAACUCGCUGUUAAGCUCGACGUUGCAUGAACUCGCAUAUAACCUUAGGUUUUGAAACAUAUUUGCUCUAGUUUUCGCUAAAUAAUUUGGUGACAUGCUUUUGCCACGAGUUUCCCUGUAAAAGGUCCUCGUUUAAGUUAUAUUUAUAUGAAUUUAUUUUGCGUACGCGAAAAUGAGUCUGUACGUGAUGGAAAGAUCGAACAUUUAAGCUAACAGAAAUGCUGAAUGAAAUCGGUACAUUUUAAUUAUUUGCAAUUUGUUAAGAAAAUUUAGAAUGUCAAGACUUAUAUCAAAUUCGUGUUAAAGUAUUCUCUUAUUUUAGCGAAAAGUAUUUUCCCCAUCAGCUAAAGUUCUGUAUUUCAAACAACUAGGCCCUGUACUUUGGUCCGGGGUAAUGCUGCAUAAUCUAAAAGCAUAAAAUGUGUUUCUUUUACGUUUGAGAUCUAUAUUGGAUAUCUUGCCCAAAAUUAGCAAAUAGCUAUAAAAAUGCGUUGUUGUAUACAUUUUCAGUAAGAAUCGGAUAAAAGAAGGAAGGAUUCUCAAAGGAUGGUUUAAAUAUACGACGGAUUACAAAAUGCUUUUCUACCAUGAUCAGUUGAACUAUUUGGCCCAUAAAAUGGCCGUCAGCACAAAUUUGAGCCUGCAAUGCCAUGGUGUGACACUAAUCCUUACAAUGCGCCCAUGCAGAUGCAUCCUAUAUUAUUAUUUUCUCUAGACCAAACAAUUUUACUCGUUAACGAGAGAGAGUCUCCAUAUUAAUGGUUAAAUCGCUUUUAAACUAAUCCGUCACCUAAUUUUCUUGCUAUACCCAUUUCAGGUUGGAAAUCUUCCAUCUACAAACCCAGUGCCAUGAAUGUUACGUCGCAUGAAAAUCUGUUAACCAAUCGAGCGUGACCGAUUCCAGGUUCCUAUUUCCAAUCGAGCGUGACCGAUUCGGGUUCCUAUUUCCGUCGCAACCAAUCAGAAUGAUGCAUUUCUAUACAUCUGAUGCAUGGAAAUGGGCAUUUCGUACCCAUGCACGUGGAAGCCAAAUUCAAUUUCAUUUAUCAAAUUCUCGAAAAGAGCACGCCCAAACAGUUUAUUCUGGUCUUUCAAACGAAGUGGACUUGAUUGCGAAAGCACACAUCGCCAACGGAUGAAUUUCAUCUACGUUGAAAGCAAUUCAGUCAAAUUGCUUUCUUCGUGGCUUCUACGAAGCUAUCAGGUAUUGCGUUUAUCUUCAUGUUAUUUCUAUAUAUUCGAAGUUUCGUAUUUAUUGACACUAAUAUUGAAUAUACCUAGCCAGCUUUACCGAACCGGUUUGAGCUGCUUUCACUAAUUUUAGUGAGGCUUGUGUUUGAGUUUGCCGUUCAUUUUUUCCUAUUCUCUUAAAAUAUUGUCUGUCAACACUCCUGAAUGGAAUAAACAUGUAAACUAACUAGUACUUUAUAAUAUUUUAGGUAGAUUCAAUUCAUUCCGAAAAUCACAUCCGAAAUGGAAAUUACAUUUAUACAAGCGGGGUAAGUUCGCAGACUUGAAGUGCUGUUGUUGUUUGUUUGUUUGUUUGUUCGGGAAUUGACCAUUAAAAAGUGAAGGGGGUAGGGCAGGGAGGUAACCGUCCCUGUAAUCUAUGCUUCUCUUGAGUUCGCUUGGUGCAUGUACAUGUUUUUUGUUUUGUGCUGUACCUUUUCUGCCACGUCCUGCCUGGAUUCGUUAUUUUCAAAAAAUUUUCUUGUAUGGAUUUUUAUUCUUUCCACACCAUUUCCCCCUUACUUUUCUAAUGUCCGUCUCUUAAGUUAUUUUAUUGUCGAAUUGUCACGCAAUUAAAAUUUUACUGAGUUUUCUUGAAAGUAUUCUUCAUAAUGCCGUUCUAUAUUCGUGAAAUUUUACCAGAAAAAACAUUAGAAUUAUUGGCAUGUAUGCAUUGUGCCGAACUUGCUCGAUCUUGACUGCAUGAAUCCAUGAACUCUCAUAUAGGCAUAAGAUUAAGGAUUUACUCGCUGAGUAAGGAUUUUGGUCCGUAUAUGAAUAGUCCCUAUUAGGUUAUAUUUUAAACUAAAUUCUUGCUAAAUCUAUUUCAGGCUAAAAAUCACCAAGAAACUCGAUGUUAUGUAAUCGGGUAUUAAUUGUUGUCUCAUUUCUGGAUUAUUCCACUCGUGUCGUAUUGGUGUUAAAUUGGUAGUGUGCCCUGAUAAAAUUGGUGACCCACAUCACUAAAGUGCGAGCGAAGACUGAAGUAGCAUUAAUGGAGUCGAAUGAUUUCGGACAGUUUCCCUUGCCCUCACUGACUGUGAGCGCAAAAUAUCUUAAAUGAAGAGUUGUAGUGCUGUGUUGAUUGAAAACAAGCGCCACCAUAUUGGAUAGUUAAGACAUGCCUGCGGAAUGGACCCUGACAGCAGACGCACCUCAGAUGGACACCAUAUGGUAAGAGGUAACACGGUUGAUAUAGCAUGACCUAGCUGACCAUGACAGUUGCUGCAUGACUGCUGAAAGAUUUGACAUUGGCCAAGGCAUAACGUGCUGCACAAGGCCGUUUCUGUGACAGAUGAAGAUCGUCGGUGCCUCACGUGCCAUAUGGGUUGAAGAAGACCAAGCAGGUAUGUUGAUAGAUAGAUAACUUUAGCUCAACUUGUAUCCAAGAGCUGGCUUCGGAUAUGCUAUUAGCUAGUGGACAGAAUAACAGGAACGCUUUUGCAGGGCGUAUAAAAACCUUUUAGAGAUCAAGCUAUUGUUGGAAUUUGAAUGCACAGCACCAUGCUGAACCCAUGGUUGCGUAAAAAAAAAUAGAAGCGAAUUUUAGGUGUAUGACGAAAUUAUUUAAAUUUUUAAUUUUUCCAACAUAUGAAUCAUGUGCUGAUUAAUUUAACGCCACGCGUAAAACAGUAAACUAGUGUUGCUCUAUGGUCAAUUGAACCAUUUUUAUUCGAACUGAUUAUGACUAAUUGGUAAUUUGAUUAUGUUUUAUACUCCUAUGCUCCUUCAGAUAAGAUACUUUAAAAUUUAAAUUCCCAGUAGCAAAAACUAUCUUGUGCUUUAAUUUAACAACAUUUAGAAUUGAAAUUCUAACGGUCUCGAUUUUUAUACAUCCUAUAGACUAGUAGUGGUCUCAAUUAUAUAUUUACGUGCAUGAUUACACAAAAUCGUAGUCCACUGUGCCUAGUGGACGUUUCAUAUUUGUGCGAUUUAGCUAUUGGUAAACAGACUUUCGAAGAGUUGGCAUGCAUGCAUGCAUGCAUGCAUGCAUGCAUGCAUAACUUCUUCUUUGAAAGUAAAGAGAUUUGUAUGGAAACUUGGCCUUGCAUGUGAUGUUUAGUAAUGUGAUAGUUUGAGUGCAAUUUGGAAAACAACAUAGACGAGUGUGUGUUUUCCAAUCUGAACCAAAAUCCAUAGCUUGCUUAAACAUCUUAUAAUGAAAAUGAAGGAAAAAUAUACUCUUCGAUGGCAUUGUUUUCACUGCAUGCUUGUCAAUCAACCUUGCCAGUCUACUGUAAGUGCUCCAUGUAUUAAAAUAUUUCAAAUUCACAUAAAAUUUCCAACGUACUGAAACUGUACAAACAGUCAGUCGUUGAAAAAAGGAAAGUUUACAUAGCCAGUUGCUAACGUGUGUAGCCUGAAUGCAGUCCCACAACAUCGCCAAACAAUGUUAGAAUUGCCAUGUGAUAGCCUGGAAUUGCCCGCAGGCGACAAUAUCCACCUCGAUGUUUGUUUUUCUUGUCUGACAGCAAUUUUGUUCUCCGAGCCUGCGAUCCUCGGAAAGGAACGCCAUUUCAACGGCCAAUCAGAUUCCUCCCUGAAACGGAUCAUCCAAGGACCUCGCGUUUCUUCCCGAGGAUCGCAGGUUCGGGGAACGAGAUUGGUCUGACAAGAAAAAUAAACACAGUCUCGUUUCCAGGCUCUCUUACAAAAUAACGGCACUGCUUUCGUAGCCCAUGAGAGUUGAGUAAUUUUCUAUCUAUAUUUUAAAUAUGAUUUGUCUUUGUUUUUUCAGUAAAUUUCUUGGUCGUUGGGAUUGUGGACCGCCCACGCAGAUUAAAACUUGAAUGGAUUGGCUAUUAAUACCUUCACAUAAUCUCAGCCGUGCAUUUGGAUUUGUGUCGUCCGCUUAAAAGUAUACGACGCAUGCAGACGUCCGCCGAAGAGGAACACAUCACAAGAAUAAUAUAUUAUAUAUGGAUUGAAUAUUACCUGCAGAUCAUUUCAGUGGAUUAUAUUGGAUUUAUGACAUUAUUUUGGAUUGGAUUUAUAUAUAUAUACCUGAAAUAUAAAGGAUUACGACGCAAAGGAUUACCGCGCAGAUCGUCGAUCACAAGAAAGAAGACAUCGUAAGGUUUGCGAAUUUGCACACACUAAAAUAUUCGGUACAACAAUUUUGUUUCGGCCUUGUGUGUAAAUAUUACUUGAUGUUAUAAUGCAUGUGUCUUAAAGUUUGACUAACUGAUGAGUUCAUGACCUUCGGACAUAAAUAUUAGGUUAGCGACAAUUCGGGCAUAUGAAUUACGUACUUGGAUCAUACAUCGGACUUUCUAUCAUAUAGUGAAUACGUAAUAAAUUCGCGGCUUAAAAUUUCGGUGAUGGGGGUAUGCCCUGCGGACAUACACAAUGGGCUAUAGGAGCAAUUAUAAGACAUAUAUGAGUUGCUUGUUUAUAUAGAUCCGUGCAUAUCGGACGUUCUAUCAUAUCGACUGACAUAGCUAUAAAUAUAUAAUGCAUAAGGAGGUUUAAAUUUGCAAUUAAGGGGGACGCCCUGCGGAUAUAGGUAUAAUGAAAAGUAGGACAAAUAAAUUGCGCGUGUUCAGUUAGACAAUAGUGGACAUAUAAUUAAGAUACUGAAAGUCUAUCCAUGCAUGUAUAGGAUAAUGCGCUAUUAAUGAAUUUAAAUUUGGGUCUAUGUAUAUAGUCGGAGGGGAAUCCCCUGCGGAAAAUUUAAAUGUAUAGUAUAUAUAAAAAGGACUAAAUUUAAGCUGAAGAAAUCAAAAUGGGGGGUUGCCCGAAGAAGAAUUGUAUUUUUAAAUAUUUACAUAAUUUAUUAGUUAUAUUUAGACAUAUAAUUAUAAAUAUAUCAUGUAUUUCACAUGUGUAGAGCACAUAUGACAUGUCAAUCAUAUCAUACAGUUGUCGAAUUUUCCUUUCAUAUAGAGGACUAGUUUUACAUAAAUUUAGCUCGAAAAGAGCACAUCCCUGCAACAUUUCCAAAAUUGGCACCAUAUUUGUCAAUUUUUCUUUUUAAUAAAUUAAAAAUUGCACGAGUACAAAAGAAGCACAUGGAAAUAACAUUUAAAUAUUGGCAUCAUAUUUGUCAAUUUUCCUUUUUCAGUAAUAAAUUCAAAACUGCACGAGUACAAAAAAAGCACAUGAAAAUAACAUUCGAAAAUUGGCAUCAUAUUUGUCAAUUUUUCUUUUUCAGUAAUAAAUUCUAAACUGCACGAGUACAAAAAAAGCACAUGGAAAUAACAUUUAAAAAUUGGCAUCAUAUUUGUCAAUUUUCCUUUUUCAGUAAUAAAUUCAAAACUGCACGAGUACAAAGAAAGCACAUGAAAAUAACAUUCGAAAAUUGGCAUCAUAUUUGUCAAUUUUUCUUUUCAAACAAUUCAAAAUUGCACGAGUACAAAAAAAGCACACGAAAAUAACAUUUCAAAAAUUGGCACCAUAUUUGUCAAUUUUUCUUUUUAAUAAAUUAAAAAUUGCACGAGUACAAAAGAAGCACAUGGAAAUAACAUUUAAAUAUUGGCAUCAUAUUUGUCAAUUUUCCUUUUUCAGUAAUAAAUUCAAAACUGCACGAGUACAAAAAAAGCACAUGAAAAUAACAUUCGAAAAUUGGCAUCAUAUUUGUCAAUUUUUCUUUUUCAGUAAUAAAUUCUAAACUGCACGAGUACAAAAAAAGCACAUGGAAAUAACAUUUAAAAAUUGGCAUCAUAUUUGUCAAUUUUCCUUUUUCAGUAAUAAAUUCAAAACUGCACGAGUACAAAGAAAGCACAUGAAAAUAACAUUCGAAAAUUGGCAUCAUAUUUGUCAAUUUUUCUUUUCAAACAAUUCAAAAUUGCACGAGUACAAAAAAAGCAC